AUGGCAGACAAAUCGGCUUACAUGUCGGCUGGCGGCUACUCCAGCGGCUACAUGGGCAGCAACGCCUCCUCGUCCAACUACCAACGCGAAGAGUACGCCCAGGGCAACAGCGGCAACGCCGGCGCCGGAUCCGGUGGCGUCUCCAACCGUGAGUUUGAGAAAGGGGGACUCUGUCGGGCUUCGUAAUAGCUCAAGGGGACUCUCUCGGGCUCCGGAGUAGCUCAAGAGGACUCUUUCGGGCUUCCGAAUAGCUCAGGGGGACUCUCUCGGGCUUCCGAAAUAGACCAAGGGGACUCUCUCGGGCUCCGAAAUAGCUCAAGGGGACUCUCUCGGGCUUCUCUUCGAAGUGCACGGCCCGUCUCUGUGCAUGCGCCUUUAAUAUGACGGGUUAGGCGCUCACAGAGACAGGCCGUCUUCGAAAGGAAGGGCUCCGUAGCUCCGUCGUUUCGAGUGGCCACUUGAGCGGCGUGACCCUAAAGUGGUUGCUUGAAACGAAACCAGAAAGAAACGUCCCUGGCGUGUCCGGUCCGCGUUGAAAAAAAAUUAGCUUUGGUCUACUCAAAAACUUUAGAAACAUAAGCUUUUUACACGGAUUUCAUUUUGACUUCAACAUUUCUCAUACCCCCCCCCCCUCCUGGAAAGCCUUUUCUAACUUGUUCAUUUUCAGCGGGAGCUCAAGUUUUCAAGGCUCGAACUGACCAAUCCGCCUACCUUGGCCCGUAA